AUGGCCGAGACCUCACCAAUUAGCCUCGUCGUGCAGCGGACGGUAUGCGCAACCUUCAUCGUAGCAGUGGUGGCUGUAUCCUCGAGGAAGACUAGGCGUAUACCGGCUCUGAUAAAAAACAAGAUCGUGGAGUGGGCGGAUCAGUGCGUUGUUGAGGAAUGUGGAUGGCUUACCCCCAAAGCCCGUAUUGAAUACCUGAAAAUGCAGACCAUCACUUUGCAUGAAAAGAUGCCUGGUCUAUACUGGCAUACGGCUACUUGUAUUCUUCAUAUUGUCCCAUGUUAUGCACCUAUAGAUGGCAAUUGAAAUCAUGGACCGGAGCUUAGCAUUU